UGAAGCAUCAUGGGAAAUCUCUCGUCAUCAUCAUCGGUCGUUUUUGGCUCUCACAUGCUUCAAAAUGGCUACUUCCUUAGGUUCUAACACUUAUAAUCGGCAGAACUGGGAGGACGCGGAUUUUCCAAUACUGUGUCAAACAUGUUUGGGAGAAAAUCCUUACAUUCGUAUGACAAAAGAGAAGUAUGGGAAGGAAUGCAAGAUUUGUGCUCGACCCUUUACCGUGUUCCGUUGGUGUCCAGGGACACGCAUGCGUUUCAAGAAGACUGAGGUCUGUCAGACCUGUAGUAAAAUGAAAAAUGUUUGCCAGACAUGUCUGUUGGAUCUAGAAUAUGGUUUGCCGAUCCAGGUCCGAGACACUGGACUUAAUAUUAAAGAGGAUAUUCCCCGGUCAGAUGUCAAUAAGGAGUAUUACACACAGAACAUGGAGAGAGAGAUUGCCAAUUCUGAUGGCACACGGCCUGUGGGUCAGCUAGGUAAGGCUCCUAGCUCCAGUGAUAUGUUGCUGAAACUGGCCCGGACCACACCAUACUACAAGAGAAACAGACCACAUAUCUGCUCUUUCUGGGUGAAGGGAGAGUGUAAGAGAGGGGAAGAGUGUCCCUACAGGCACGAGAAGCCCACAGAUCCCGAUGAUCCCUUAGCAGAUCAGAACAUAAAGGAUCGUUAUUAUGGCAUCAAUGACCCCGUAGCCGACAAGCUGCUGAAGCGGGCCUCAACAAUGCCUCGACUAGAUGUACCAGAGGACAAGUCUAUCACCACCCUUUACAUCGGAGGGUUAGGAGAUAAUGUCACAGAUGGCGAGCUAAAGAGUUUCUUCUAUCAGUUUGGAGAGAUUCGCACCAUAACUGUAGUCCAGAGGCAGCAGUGUGCCUUCAUCCAGUUUGCAACACGACAAGCAGCAGAAGCUGCUGCUGAAAAGUCCUUCAACAAGCUCAUCAUCAACGGACGGAGGCUCACUGUCAAGUGGGGAAAGUCGCAGGCAGCAAGAGGGAAGGACAGUGUCAAAGAUGGAGUCAGUGAAAUGGGCACCAGACUCGAUCCUGUGCCUGGACUGCCUGGAGCUGUGCCCCCACCACCAGCCCUAGAUGAAGAGGCUCCUGCAAACUACUUCAACCUGGACCCAAGUACAUCGCCUGCUGUCAUGAACAUUGCGAUGCCCCCACCUCCAGGCAUUAAUCCACCUCCCCCAGGUUUCGGCCCUCCGAUGUUUCACCCCAUGAGCCACAUGGCCCCACCUAUGCCCCCUCCAAUGACCAUGAGACCUCCAGGACAAAUCCACUACCCUUCACAGGAUCCCCAGCGUAUGGGUGCUCAUGCUGCACACGGCGCACGCCAUGGCGAUUAGGCAUGGUUAGGUUGAAAUCAAAGUGUAUUUUUCAUUCUUUCACUGAGGCCGGCGCUGAUAAGGUGCUUUACCUUCAGAUGCUUUAGGUACAACUGAAGCCUGCAGGCUACUUCAGGUAGAAAUGAACUGCAUACAAACCACAACUAUGUCCCAGGAAAACACCUGAUUUAUUUUGCCACAUGCAUUGCUGUAAAUGAACUCAACAGGUGCCACCUUUGGCUGGAAAGGUGACUCACUACUGAGCAUUUAUAACACCAACACAGUAACUGGUUGUUAGAAUGCCAUUGUAUAUAUUCACUUGUGUAAGCAAAGUGAAACCUGCAUUUAUCUUAUUUUAUGUAGUACCAUAAUGUCAUUCUGAAGACCAUUUUAAACCAUUAUGUUCAGGUAUUUAUUUUUUUUUUUUAAGUUUCCACAACCUUAAUAUCUUCUGCAUAAUAACUUCUCAUGUUAAGACUUUCUUUGAAAGUUUUCACUUGUCAUUAAACAAAUCAUUUUUGUCAUUAA